AAUUUGUAUUACUUUCCUUUCUAUAGCCACUGUUGUUACUGUUAUGGAUCUCUUUCAUUUGUUAGGAAGCGGUGCCCGCUUUAACAAAAAACGUUUUGCCAGUGAUGUUACUCUCUUUGAAGGAGAAAAAGAAGCUAUUCAGACAGAGACAAAGAAAAGAAAUGCUGCAGCAAUCGAUCCCACUGUUCGUAACCAGUUGUUAAAUGAGAUUGACUUUUUCAGCACAACGCAUACACAAAAAAGCAAAGAUAGAUAAUGAUGAGUUUGAUAAAAAAUUGAAAGAAGCCAAGAGGUCCAAUACAGUCUUUGAUAAUGUUAAAGAAGCCAAAGAUUUCAGAAAGCAACAUAGAAUAAAAGUAUAUGGCACUGACGUACCCAAUCCUUUCAAGAGCUUCGAAGACUUAGCCUCGCCAGCCUACAAUUUGAAUCCUACGCUAUAUAAAAACCUAAUGACAAUCAAAUAUAAUACACCUACACCAGUACAAAUGCAAUCAAUUCCCAUUAUCCUUAAAGGACGCGAUCUUAUGUCCUGUGCCCCCACGGGUUCAGGUAAAACAUUGGCAUUCUUGUUACCAAUUUUGCAAGAUUUGAAGAAGCCAGAAAAGAAAAUAAGUUACCGUGCUUUGAUCAUUGCGCCUACUCGAGAAUUAGUUCAGCAAAUUGCCCGUGAAGCCAAACAUCUGAGCGAAGGAACAAAGCUUCGAAUCAAUGUUCUAACUAAAGCCACCUCUGCAGAUAAAGCACAAAAUUCAGAAUCGAAACAAAAAUUUGAUAUUCUGAUCACCACCCCAUUAAGGUUGGUUUAUGCAAUCAAAGAGAAAGAAGUAGAUUUAGUCAAUGUUAGACACAUGGUUCUUGAUGAAGCAGAUAAAUUGUUAGAUCAAGGAUUUUUGGAACAGACCGACGAAAUUUUUGCUGCUUGUUCAUCUGGAAAAUUACAAAAGUCUUUCUUUAGUGCCACGUUCUCCUCUCAUGUCGAAAGUCUCGCAAAUUCUGUUAUGAAUAAUCCUAUACGUAUAGUGAUUGGUGCCAAGAAUGCUGCAACCGAAACCAUUAAACAGCAGCUUUUAUUCACAGGAACAGAAGCUGGAAAAACACUUGCUUUAAGGCAACUCAUUCAAAAUGGCAUCAAACCACCAGUCUUGAUUUUUGUACAGUCAGUCGACCGUGCAAAAGAACUUUUCCAUGAAUUAGUUUUUGAUGGUAUCAAUGUUGAAGUCAUCCAUUCUGAUAGAACCAAAUCACAGCGUGAUAAUAUUGUUAACUCUUUCCGCCAAGGCAAAAUAUGGGUGUUAAUCGCCACUGAUUUAAUGGCACGUGGUUUAGAUUUCAAAGGUGUCAACCUCGUUGUUAACUAUGAUUUUCCACAAACAGUGGCAAGUUAUAUCCAUCGAAUUGGUCGUACCGGUCGUGCAGGUCGUCAAGGUGAAGCCAUUACUUACUACACGCAAGACGACUUACCUUAUUUGAAAAGUGUCGUUAACGUAAUGAAAGAAUCAGGAUGUGACGUGCCUGAAUGGAUGCUCAACCUGAAAUCUCUCAGUCAUAAGCAAAAGAAGGAAAUGCGCAGAGGCAUUGAGCGCAAAUCAAAAUAAGUUAGUAAGGGCGGAUUUUUUGUAUGUGUGGUAAAAUUGCAAAGAAUUGCCGUUACGAAUAUUAACAAAAUACCCAUUUGAUAAUGAACGAGCUAUCGUCAGCCCUGUAAAUAAAUUAUUUUUUUAUGUAAUAUCGAAGUAAAUAAGCUUGAGCAUUUCCUGCUCAAUUUAGACUGACCCA